GCCUCGGUCAUCGCCGUUUGUUGAUGUCUCCUCACAGCAUGUCCGACAGCUUGUCUGACUCUUUCUCUUCGGUGGAGGCUCGACGUUUGCGCAUUGCUGCGUGUGUCAACGCUGUGACCAGUUUAUAAAGUUAGCUCUCUUUCUCUAUUUUUUUACCCCCUGCUUUGAUACCGGAUGGAUUGCUCCGUUUGAGUACCGCUAAAACGUUGUGCGGAAGAUUGUUUUUGGCCACCUUCUCCGCAUACUGUAGCGUCUUAUUAGGAUCAACGAGGCAAAUAUAAGUAUGCACUAAAAUACACGCGUUAAAUCGUUUCGGUUGGCGGCAAGAGAGAAAAAAAAAGUUGCAAGUCGAAGGAGGAGGAUUAUGCACUGAACGCUGAACAUUUCUGGAAAACAGGUUACUGAAGUGGAGAUAAACUCCAGUGAGGUCAACUAGGAGUCCUAUCCGCCCAAUACCGGCCUCCAAUCCCUGCUUCAGACACUUCCCCUCCCACACAACAUAAUGGAUCUAAAGGAUCGAAGACAUCACUCCCUGACCUGCUCCAAGGACUCCCCUUACAACACCUCAUCCCUGGAUGCAGAGGACUGUCGCGUGCCGACCCAGAAGUCAUACAGUUCCAGCGAGACGCUCAAGGCUUUUGAGCACGAGCAGAGACUUCACUACAGUGGCUGCGUGACUGACCUUGUUCACCACGAGGCUGAUGAGUACCCAAGACAAGGCCUCCUGGAGUUUUCUCCCGUCCUUCGAUACUUCAUCUCAGUGGGAGGAAGACAACCGAAGAAGAAGGCAACUGGGGGGAACUUUACCCUGGCUGAACUGGGAGUAUGCAAUCAAACACCUGCCCCUCAUCCUGCCGCUGUCCCCUACUGUUCUGAACUGGGGCUCCUCCAAAGAGGCUAUUCCCUCAGUGCCGGCUCUGAUGCAGACUCUGAUCCAGACGGCCCCCUGUCACCGGACAGAGCUAUCCAGCUUUGGGCUGGAGGAGGAAGGGUAAAGUCGCGUCGCAGCUCUGGAGUGUCAAGUCACGAAAACUCCGCCCUGACCCUCACCGACUCUGAGAAUGACAACAAGUCUGACGACGAAUCAGAUGAUGAAGAGAAUGAUGAUCCAUUUGGAGACUAUGUGAUCAGUCGCCCAAUGCCUCCAACCUCUUCCUCUUCCCUCCUCCCUCCGUCCCAUCCGUCGUCCUCGUCCGCCCCACAUCACCCAUCCCCUGGCCCGUCUCCGCCCAUCAGGGAGUGCCAGGUUCCCCUCCUAGAGAAAAACUCCACCCAUUCUCACCUGGAGCCCCACCCAGAAGACUCAUAUUUGCUCCGGGCCCAGCCGUCCUCCACGGGGGUCGCCAACCACCACACCCAGUCCAAACUACGCCCUCCACUGCCCCCUCCACACAACCAUCACACCUUGUCGCACCAGUCUGCAAACAGCCUCAACAGAAACACCCUGAGAGCGGGACGCAACCCCAUUCACGCACCAGCACCUGGAACCGGAGACGGACCCACCACUCCCGAGUCUGUGCAGCUCCAAGACAGCUGGGUGCUCAACAGCAAUGUCCCACUAGAAACCAGGCACUUCUUAUUCAAGACAUCGUCCGGGACCACCCCGUUGUUCAGUAGCUCGUCUCCCGGCUACCCUCUCACUUCUGGAACAGUGUAUUCUCCGCCCCCUCGCUUGCUACCCAGAAACACAUUUUCCCGAUCGGCCUUCAAGCUAAAGAAGCCUUCCAAGUACUGCAGCUGGAAAUGUGCCGCGGUGACGGCCAUUGCUGCAGCUGCCCUGCUGGCCAUCCUAUUGUCCUACCUUAUCGCAAUCAACCUCCUGGGUUUGACAUGGCAACUGAAGCCAUCGGACAGCCCCGUGUUAAACAACGGACUGGGGGCCGCUGUGCCUGUGAACAGUGAUGUGACCACGCUGUCUUCUGGAGGCAGAGGUCCGUGGGCGGGACGGAACAGCAGCAUAGACACAGGUGACAUUGACGUAGGGAGGAGAGUGACCCAAGAAGUCCCGGCUGGUGUAUUUUGGAGGUCCCUGCUGUACCUCAGUCAAGCCCAGUUCCUCAAGUUCAACAUUUCCUUGGGCAAGGAUGCCCUUUUUGGAGUUUAUAUUCGUAAGGGCCUGCCCCCCUCACAUGCACAGUAUGAUUACAUGGAACGUUUGGAUGGGAAGGAGAAGUGGAGUGUGGUCGAGUCUCCACGUGAGAGGAGGAGCAUCCAGACUGUGGUCCUUAAUGAGGCGGUGUUUGUCCAGUACCUGGAUACUGGAGCCUGGCAUCUGGCCUUUUACAAUGACGGUCGUGAGAGGGAGACAGUUUCCUUCAGCACAAACAUCAUGGAUUCCGUGCAAGAGUGCCCGCGCAAUUGCCAUGGUAACGGAGAGUGCAAUUCUGGCGUAUGCCAUUGCUUCCCAGGAUUCCAUGGUAUGGACUGCUCCAAAGCGGCAUGCCCUGUGCUGUGCAGUGGCAACGGCCAGUACGACAAGGGCUUCUGUGCGUGUUACAGUGGCUGGAAAGGACCUGAGUGUGAUGUCCCUGUCACACAAUGCCUUGACCCUCUUUGCAGCGGCCACGGCAGCUGCACCAAUGGCAACUGUGUGUGCUCCAUCGGCUACAAAGGGCAGAGCUGUGCUGAAGUGGAUUGCCUGGACCCGACUUGUUCCAACAAUGGCAUCUGUUUGAAUGGGGAGUGCCACUGUAAGCCAGGCUGGGGAGGUCUCCACUGUGAGCUGCCCCGGGCUCAGUGUCCGGACCAGUGCCAUGGCCAUGGUGCCUUCAUCCCAGACACCGGGCUGUGCAGCUGUGAUCCUAACUGGAUGGGACCUGACUGCUCUAUGGAGGUGUGUUCCGUAGACUGUGGAACGCAUGGAGUGUGUAUGGGUGGAGCUUGUCGCUGCGAGGAUGGCUGGACGGGUGCAGGCUGUGACCAGCGUGUGUGCAACCCGCUUUGCAUCAAACAUGGAACCUGCAAGGAUGGCAAGUGUCAGUGUCACCAGGGCUGGAAUGGAGAGCACUGCACUAUUGAUGGCUGUCCUAACCUAUGUAAUGGGAAUGGGCAGUGCACCAUGGGACAGCAGAGUUGGCAUUGUGAAUGUCAAACUGGUUGGAGGGGCCCUGGGUGCAGUGUUGCCAUGGAGACCUCCUGCGCCGACAACAAGGACAACGAAGGAGAUGGACUAACAGACUGCAUGGACCCAGAUUGCUGUAUCCAGAGUCCCUGUCAAAACAGUCCACUGUGCCGAGGCUCCCGGGACCCUCUGCAAGUUAUUCAACAGAUCCCCUUGUCCCAGACCCGUGUCCACUCCUUCUACGACCGUGUCAAGAUGCUUGUGUCACGGGAUGGCACCCAUGUCAUUCCUGGAGAAAACCCUUUCAACUCCAGUUUGGCAUCUCUUAUCCGGGGUCAGGUGUUGACGACAGAUGGAACACCUUUGGUGGGGGUGAACGUGUCUUUUGUCAACUACCCCCACUACGGAUACACGCUGACGCGACAGGAUGGAAUGUUUGACCUGAUAGCUAACGGUGGGGCGUCACUGACUCUGCGAUUCGAACGUGCCCCCUUCCUGAGCCAGGAGCGCACCGUGUGGCUGCCCUGGAGCCAGUUUUAUGCUAUGGACACUGUGGUGCUUAAGACAGAAGAGAACACAAUCCCUGGCUGUGACCUGAGUGGCUUCAUCAGGCCUGAUCCUCUUGUGAUUGCAUCCCCUCUCUCCUCCUUCUUCAGCUCCAAGCCAGGGGAGAAACCCAUCAUACCGGAGACACAGGUGCUGCAUGAGCAAAUUGAGGUGCCUGGCACAAGUCUAAAGUUGUGCUACCUAAGUUCUAGGACACAGGGUUACCGUUCCUUGCUCAAGGUGACCAUGACCCCUGCCAUGGUGUCCAUGGGUCUGCUGAAGGUUCAUCUCAUGGUCGCAGUGGAGGGCCACCUCUUUCAGAAGUGGUUCCAUGCCUCGCCGAAUUUAGCCUACACUUACAUCUGGGAUAAGACGGAUGCGUACGGGCAGAGGGUCUACGGCCUUUCUGAGGCUGUUGUGUCUGUGGGCUAUGAGUAUGAGUCAUGUGCCAGUCUCAUUCUGUGGGAGAAAAGGACCGCCAUCCUCCAAGGCUACGAACUGGAUCCCACCAAUCUGGGUGGUUGGUCACUGGACAAGCACCAUAUACUCAACAUACGAAGCAGCAUUCUUCACAAGGGAAGUGGAGAAAACAUAUUUGUGGCAGAGCAGCCUCCAGUCAUCAGCAGCAUUAUGGGCAAUGGUCGCAGACGAAGCAUCUCCUGCCCCAGCUGUAACGGCCUCGCGGAUGGCAACAAGCUGCUCGCACCAGUUGCCUUGGCGAUGGGCAUCGACGGCAGCCUCUACGUGGGGGACCUCAACUUCGUACGCAGGGUUUUCCCAUCCAUGAACACCACUGGCAUUCUGGAAUUAAGGAACAAAGAUUUUAGACACAGUAAUAAUCCAACAAAUAAGUACUUCCUGGGAGUUGAUCCAUUAUCUGGGGCAGUGUUCAUCUCAGACACCAACUCACGACGAAUUUAUCGUGUUCGCACAUUAACGGGCGGCCGCUUGCUGUCGGACAAUGCUGAGGUUGUGGCUGGGACCGGAGAGCAGUGUCUGCCCUUUGAUGAACGCUGUGGCGAUGGCGGCAAAGCCACUGAAGCUACACUUAUGAGCCCAAAAGGUAUCGCUGUGGAUAAAAAUGGGCUCAUGUACUUUGUGGACGCUACUAUGAUCCGUAAGGUGGACCAAAACGGCGUCAUCUCCACUUUACUGGGGGCCAACGAUUUGACUGCCGUGCGACCACUGAGCUGUGACACCAGCAUGGACGUGAGCCAGGUACGCUUGGAGUGGCCCACCGAUUUAGCAGUGAAUCCCAUGGACAACUCUCUCUAUGUCCUGGAGAACAAUGUCAUUCUGCGCAUUACUGAGAACCAUCAGGUGAGCAUCAUAGCAGGUCGGCCUAUGCACUGCCAGGUGCCAGGUAUUGACUAUAGCCUCAGCAAACUGGCUAUCCAUGCUGCUCUUGAAAGCGCCACAGCAAUUGCACUGUCCCACACUGGCAUUCUAUACAUCGCUGAAACAGAUGAGAAAAAGAUUAACCGAGUUCGACAGGUAAGCAACAAUGGAGAAAUCUCACUUUUGGCUGGAGCUGCCUCUGACUGUGACUGCAAGAAUGACGUCAACUGCAACUGCUUCUAUGGCGACGAUGGCUAUGCCCCGGAUGCCGGCUUGAACUCUCCUACCUCCUUGGCAGUUUCCCCUGACGGGACGCUCUUCAUUGCAGACCUCAACAACAUACGAAUCAGAGCUGUACGAGCCAAUCGGCCCGGUCCUGCCGUCUCUCGCCCAGUAUUUGGAGGAAUUGGUGGGGCGCAGUAUGAAGUGGCCUCACCCAGGGAACAGGAGCUGUAUGUCUUCAAUAGAGAGGGGCUCCAUGUUCAAACCAUUAGUCUUGUGACUGGAGAGCCGCUCUAUAACUUCACCUACGGUUCUGAUGGCGAAUUGGCAAGUCUGGUCGACAAUUGCAACAAUACAGUCAAAAUAAGGAGGGAAGGGCUGGGCCAGGGAGGAGGAGCCGGCCUACUCCGACUGGUGCUCCUGCCAGAGAAUCAAGUGGUGACCUUGGGACUGGACCCAAGCGGAGGACUGCGUAGUGUGUCAGCCAUAGGCCAAGAGUUUGCCCUCAUGGGCUACAGCGGCAACACAGGCCUGCUCGCCACUAAAGCUGAUGAAACUGGAUGGACCACUUUUUACCAGUACGACAGCGAGGGUCGCCUGACCAAUGUGACAUACCCCACGGGCAUGGUGACGAGUCUCCAUCGUGAGAUUGAACGUUCUAUCACCAUCGAUAUCGAGAGCUCCAGCAGAGAUGACGACGUGACUGUUAUCACCAACCUGUCCUCUGUGGAAGCAUCAUACACUGUGGUACAAGACCAGGUAAGAAACAAUUACCAGAUGUGCAACAAUGGGACCCUGAGAGUGAUGUAUGCCAAUGGAAUGGGGAUAAGUUUUCACACAGAGCCCCACAUCCUGGCAGGGUAUGUCAGCCCUACUAUUGGUCGCAGGAAUAUAACGCUUCCUACAGACAAUGGCCUAAAUUCCAUAGAAUGGCGUCUGCGUAAGGAGCAGACCAAAGGAAAAAUUACAGUGUUUGGCAGGAAGCUAAGGGCACAUAGUCGCAACCUCCUCUCCAUUGACUUUGACCGUAACACUCGCACAGAGAAGAUUUACGAUGAUCACCGCAAGUUUACACUGCGCAUCAUGUACGAUGCUCAGGGCCGGCCGGCUAUGUGGUUGCCUAGCAGCAGCCUGGCAGUGGUCAAUGUGUCCUAUUCAUCCACUGGUCAGCUUGUUGGCCUGCAGAGGGGGGGCAUGAGCGAGAGAACUGAGUUUGAUCCCCAUGGACGCAUCCUGUCUCGCUCUUUUGUGGAUGGGAAGGUUUGGAGUUACAGUUACCUUGAUAAAUCCAUGGUAUUAUUGCUGCAGAGCCAAAAGCAGUACAUCUUUGAGUUUGAUACCUCAAACCGGGUCACAGCUGUCACCAUGCCAAGCGUCGCCCGCCACACCAUGUUCACACACGUAUCCAUCGGAUACAUCCGCAACACUUACAACCCACCGGAGAGCAAUGCCUCCAUCAUCCACGACUUCACCGAAGACGGCAGGCCUCAGGCCACACAUUACAUGGGCACCGGCCGGCGUGUCCUCUACAAAUACGGCAAGCUGGCCAAGUUGGACGAGAUUGUAUAUGACAGCACUGCUGUCACCUUUGGCUACGAUGAGACAGCAGGCGUGCUGAAGAUGGUCAAUCUACAGAGCGGUGGCUUCUCUUGUACCAUCCGCUAUCGUAAAAUGGGCCCGCUCAUCGACAAGCAAAUCUAUCGCUUCAGUGAGGAGGGGAUGGUCAACGCAAGGUUCGAUUACGCCUACCAUGACAACAGCUUCCGAAUUGCAAGCAUGAAGCCAGUCAUCAGUGAAACGCCUCUACCCGUGGACCUCUACAGAUAUGAUGAAAUCUCUGGCAAGGUGGAGCACUUUGGAAAGUUUGGAGUCAUUUACUAUGACAUUAAUCAGAUCAUCACCACAGCUGUUAUGACGCUGAGUAAGCAUUUCGACACCCACGGACGCAUCAAGGAGGUCCAGUAUGAGAUCUUCCGUUCCCUCAUGUACUGGAUGACGGUGCAGUACGACAGCAUGGGACGGGUGGUAAAAAGGGAGCUUAAAAUCGGGCCCUAUGCCAACACCACUCAGUAUCGCUAUGAUUAUGAUGGAGACGGACAGCUCACUGGGGUCAAGGUGAACGACUGGUCAACAUGGCGUUACAGCUAUGACCUGAACGGUAACCUUCAUCUCCUGAACCCUGGGAACAGCGCUCGGAUCAUGCCGCUGCGCUAUGACCUCCGUGAUCGCAUCACACGGCUGGGAGAUGUUCAGUACCGCCUGGACGAGGAUGGUUACCUCAGCCAGCGCGGUUCUGACAUGUUCGACUACAAUUCAAAGGGUCAGCUCCUGAGGGCCUACAAUCGGGGCCCUGGUGGCUGGAGUGUUGUUUAUCACUACGAUGGGUUGGGCCGGAGGGUCUCGACUAGGAACAGCCUUGGACAGCACCUACAGUUCUUUUAUGCUGAUCUCAACCACCCAACUAGAGUGACACACAUUUUCAACCACUCAAGUUCAGAAAUCUCUUCACUCUACUAUGACCUCCAGGGCCAUGUCUUUGCUAUGGAGGUCAGCAGUGGAGAGGAAUAUUACAUAGCAUCUGACAACACCGGCACACCGUUGGCUGUUUUUAGCAGCAAUGGACAGAUGAUCAAACAAGUGCAGUACACAGCAUAUGGAGAGGUUUAUUUGGACUCCAACCCAGAGUUCCAGCUUGUGGUCGGAUUUCAUGGUGGUCUGUAUGACGCCCUGACCAAGCUGGUCCACUUCACCCAGCGUGACUAUGAUGUCCUGGCUGGGCGCUGGACUUCACCUGACUACAGCAUCUGGCCCAAGAUUGGCAAAGAUCCCGCUCCAUUUAAUCUAUACAUGUUCAAGAACAACAAUCCCCUCAGUGACAUGUUAGAUGUAAAAAAUUACGUCACAGAUGUGAAGAGCUGGCUGGUGAUGUUUGGCUUCCAACUUAGUAACAUAAUCCCAGGAUUCCCUCGACACUCGCUCUACUUUGUGGAGCCACCGUACGAGCUGCAGGCUACCCAGCACUGUGAGAAUGGACAGCUCAUCACUGGUGUGCAGCAGGCGGCGGAGCGUCACAACCAAGCAUUCAUGGCUCUAGAGGGUCGUCUUCUCAACAAGGAACAGCGUAGACGAAAGGACAAGCCCGGCCACUGGUUCGGCACCAGCACCCCCAUCAUAGGCCGCGGAGUGAUGCUGGCCCUCAAAGAAGGCAGAGUGGUCGCUGGUGUGUCAGCUUUGGCCAGCGAUGACAGCCGCAAAGUGGCUCUUGUGCUGAAUGGCGCCCAGUACCUGGAAGGCACCCACUACACGCAGGACGGGAAGGACUCCCACUACUUUGUGAAAAUUGGCUCCGCUGACAGCGACCUCUUGGCCUUGGGGCUUACGAAUGGCCGCAAGUCACUGGAGAGCGGCAUCAACGUGACAGUAAGCGGCCGCUCCAGGAGAGGGGUGACGGUGGAGUUUGCAGUGCCAUCGUUUGUACUGAGCAUUCGCUACGGGCUCUCUGCUGACAUGGUGGACGAGGAGAAGGUUAGACUGUUGGAGUUGGCUCGGCAGAGGGCCCUGGCGGGGGCCUGGUCCAAGGAACAGCAGAGGGCCAGAGACGGAAAAGGAGGCAGUCGCCUCUGGACUGAGGGUGAGCGACAACAGCUCCUAACAACAGGCAGAGUACAAGGCUACGAUGGCUACUAUGUACUUCCUGUUGAGCAGUAUCCAGAACUGGCUGACAGCAGCAACAAUAUCCAGUUCCUUAGACAGAACGAGAUGGGCAAGAGGUAACAGCCCACAAUGCAUCUGUCCUACUCAUCCUAACCCCUUUUUCCCUUCCCAGCCUCCUCGACCCUUUUUCUCUGAAGAUUUCAUCAACAAAUGGGGUUACUCAUGGAACGCUGCAGGGACUUUUGAAAAGAGUGACAGAAAACUACUAUUAAUUUUACUGCCAUAGGCAAAAAAAAAAAAAAAAAAAAAAAAGUAACAUUUCUUUUAAGGAAAAAAAAACUGAAUAAGUGAAAAGGCACUACUUAAUAAAUAAGAAGAUUCCCCUUUUUAAAAAAGAUGAUUGCUAUUUUCACCCAUAUUUUUUGGGUCACACUGAUAGCACCCAUGAACAUAUGUGGAGCUCCGCUGGCUACUCUCUGUCUAUAAUGGACGCUGAAAGCAAAAGGACAAGAUUAUAGAGCACGCCAGUGUGUUGCCAUGACAACAACACAACUAAGGGAGGAAACCAGUGACAGACAAGGCAAUGUUAAAAAGUUUGUCCAGCACUAUGAGUCGUCACCUUGUCUCAGGCCUCCCAUUGUCCAUCACUGAGCAGUCCUGUGCACAUCCAAGCAAGCAAAAGAAAAGCUGAAGGCCUCCACGAACUGUUAAUGGACCAGAAAGUACACCAUAAAAAGCAAAAUGAAAAAAGAUGGCUAUAUUUGUGGACAGUGGCACCUACACAACAUUGCUUUUUUUUAAACCAGGAAAAUAAACAUGUUACUGCAUAUGUGUCUAACUACACUAAAUUUCAGGAUGUUUCCGUAGAUGCUGUAGUUUUGUACGUUUCAGUCGCAGUAGGAUUGUGAGACGUUCACCAAGGCACUUCUGUACAGAACCCACCACUCACAAUAAAACAGAAAACAUGCUAAGAUGGUAUUUAUUUUACAUGACUAUUUUUUUUAAUUUAUUUAUUCUUAGAACUAUAUGACAAUCAUGAAUGAGUCAGUUUAAUUCAAAAUGAAUUUUAUUGUAUGAGUUCAUUUUCUUUUGUAAAUCAUGUACGUAUUCAAUGUUCAUUUUGUUUUUGUAUUAUUUUAGAUUGCUACCAGGGCAAAUAAUAGUCACUCUCAAAAAUAAUAAUUUAUGUAAUAAAGUGUUUAAAAUGGUUUAUACUCUAAAUAAAAGUCUUUAAAACUGUGAAAAUGAUUUUUCAAAAUAUAUUUCGAUGUACAGUGUAUAGACCUACCUUUAUGCAGCACAGUAGAAUAUUGUUCAGAAUAUCGAGUUUUAUAUUUCUAAGAGGAAGUGGCUUGUAAUGUGCAAAAUCUUUGGCUGGUAUUACUACUCUAGAGUUUUGUGGCACUCUGAUAUUGCAUAUUUAAAGCAUUGGUCUGCAGUUUUUGUUUGUUUUUCUUCAUUUCUUUGUUUUUGGAAACAAAGAUUUCUGACCUAGAUCCCAACAGCAGUAGCAGUAAUGGAUCCUCCUCACUGUGAAGAGACUCGUGAUGGAUGUCAAAUUGUACCAAAUCAGUAUUAUCAAAGGAUACCACGCUCACUAAAACGAGACUCUUCUGGGAACUAAUGAA